UUGUGUUGGCUCGCUAUUAGCAUAGUGCUUUCUACUGAAAAUUCCCUCUCCCUCUCUUUCGGUCCUUCUCCCUCGAUCCUCGGCUAAAACUGCCCUCAUCCUGCCGCUGCAUUCUCUCCUCCCCCAGCGCCGCCGCCGCGUUCUUCCCUCUCCGCCGUCCGCCGCCGCUUCUGUACUCUUCCUACCUUGCCGUCACCGCCGUGCACUCUCCCCUUCCCCUCGCUGCCGGCGCUGAGCUGUUCGUGCCGCUGCACUCUCGCAGGUCAGUGGACGCAUCUCGAACUUCUGCUGUCCUUUUGAUUCUCCAACCAAAUUAAAGGGCUUUAAUUUCUUCUUCCUCUUCUUUGGGAGUCAUAAGUAAGACUAUCUUCUACCUGUGUGCUUCAUGUUAACAGCACAUCAUAGAUGACAAAGAGUUACCUCGAGAAACAUGAUUUUGUAAAUGAUAUGGGGCUCAAACCAUUUUAAGUCCCCUUCUUUCUUUUGGGAGAGCUUUUUUUUUUUCCUUGUUCUUCUUCUUCAGUCAUGGACUUUGAGACAAAUUAUGACAUUGCCCAGACAGCCAACUUCAUUCACAGCAGAAACUUCAUCAGAGUGGCUUUGCAGUACAUCAACUCUUCCAGCCUUCUUUGUUUUUGGAAAGGCUUCCAUUUGUGUUGACAAUUGUGCUGAAAGUUUGUCUAAUUAUGCAUUUGCCAAUGGCAAGCCUAUUCUGGUCCUUUUUGGACUGGAAUAUGCGAAUGCAAUACAGCAUAUCAAAGAAGCCUCUAUUGUCAAAUCAUCGAGGUUAUCUGGGUCUACAUCCAAAUUAGAACCCCGUUUUGCAGAUGUCAGGUGUUCAAUUAUGAAUCCGCCAAAAGAUCAUAGUACCUCCAACGGGCAACUGAGACUAGACGAUAGCUUAAUUGCUAAUGAAGAUUGUGAUGUGACAACGGGUACCAGAUAUAGUAUAGGUGGCUUGAUUUGGAAUUUGCCCGAGGGACACAAAAUGGAUGACUACUUGCUUUUCUGGAUUGGUUCUGACAAUUCCGCAUUUGCAAAUGUUGUAUUAACAUUUAAUGGUUGUGAAAUAGUCAGAUAUGAUGCAACAGAAAAUUGUUUGGUGACAGAUUUAUCUCCACAGAGAAGGAUUCUCAAGCGUAGAUAUUACCUAGUGGAGAAAGCCAAGGAUGCCAACAUUAUUGGGAUUUUGGUGGGAACUCUUGGUGUAGCUGGUUAUCUUCAUAUGAUUCAUCAGAUGAAAGACCUAAUCACAGGAGCAGGGAAGAAGGCCUAUACACUUGUUAUGGGAAGACCAAAUCCUGCAAAACUUGCCAACUUUCCUGAGUGUGAUGUUUUUAUUUAUGUUUCUUGUGCUCAAACUGCACUUUUGGAUAGCAAAGAGUACUUGUCUCCAGUUAUUACUCCGUUUGAAGCGAUGCUGGCAUUCAACAGAGGAAGUCAGUGGACGGGGGCAUAUGUGAUGGAAUUCCGAGAUCUGAUUACUGCACCUUCAUUUGAAUUUAAGAACGAUCAAUCAGAAGGAGCAAGAUUUUCCUUCUUUCAAGGAGGAUAUGUUGAUAAUCUUGAUUUUCAAGAGAAUGGCAAGGAAGACGGGGAGGUAGCUCUUGCUUUAGCACAUGCAACAGAAAAGGCUUUGCAAGUGAAUGACAAGUACCCUCGAUCCCUAACGGCUAAAUCUGGGGCAGAGUUUUUCGCCACUCGUUCUUAUCAUGGCCUUGAGAUGCAUGGCAAUAGUUCCUCACCACAGCCAUUUUCAAUCGGCAGAACUGGAAAGGCAUCGGGAUAUGAGGACGAAAAAACCAAUCAGGAGAAUAUGUCAUCAGUUGGUCAAUUCUAAAAGAUGUUCAAUUCAAAGUCGAGCUCGAGUAAUCCCACCUGCUGCAUCAAUUCGGCUCGAAUGAACUCCCAGUGUGAGACAUUACAGAGCUCUAACACACGGAUCCAAACAAGAAAAUUCGGAAAAAUGCAAAUACAAGGUAUAGUUUCUAUACCAAAGGCUUCAGAAGUAUAGCCAUUAUGACACCAAACUAGGUUAACCUAAACAUAUUGACUGGUCAUGCUGUGAUUAUUGACGGGUCAUUUUUAGUUUAAUGUAUUGUAUUUUAUUUUAUUUCAUAUUAUACAUUUAGACCCCCUACCCCUAUUUGAAAGAUGCAUGGGGUGCCGACUAAAGGAUUAAAGGGCGGCGAAUAAAGGGCAAUGAAGGAGACAGGAUUAUGAAUUGACUCUCAAUUUGCUCAUAUGAUCCACACAUCUCUUGAGCAUUAAAUGGUAUUGGUUUGGUUUCCCCCUU